AUGUCUACUACUAAUAUAAAAAAUAAUGGAGAGCAACAAACAAAUUUAAAUCGUUCUUCCUAUGCUCAUUUAUUGGCUGGAGGUCUUGCUGGUACAUUUGGUGCUGUAUUAACAUGUCCAUUAGAAGUUAUCAAAACUCGUUAUCAAUCAUCACAAAAUGCAUUUUCUCACGAAAAAAGUUAUUUGAACUUAAAAUCACCUAACAGUAAUACUACUAUUCCAUAUUCAAAAUUAGAAACUAAACGUCCAAGUAUAAUGGGUUCUCUUCGAAAUAUUGUUAAAUAUGAAGGUGUUCCAGGACUUUUUAAAGGUCUUAUUCCAAAUGUAAUUGGUGUUGCACCAUCACGAGCUAUUUAUUUUUUUGCUUAUGCAAAUUCAAAAACAUUUUUAGUUAAAAAAAUGGAAAAAGAAACACCGUUAGUACAUGUAACUUCGGCAGCUGUUGCAGGUAUUGCAAUGUCUACAUGUACGAAUCCAUUAUGGUUUAUUAAAACUCGACUUCAAAUUGAUCAGGGAAAUCUUCGUGCUGUUGAUCUUAUUCGUAAUGUUUAUCGUGAACAUGGUAUAUGGGGUUUUUAUAAAGGUAUUUCUGCAUCGUAUGUUGGUGUAUCAGAAACUAUUGUUCAUUUUGUACUCUAUGAGCAAAUCAAAGCUCAAUUUCAGUUAUUACAAUCACGUCGUUCACUUGAUGAUACAAGUUUAUAUAAUUUUGUAUCUUAUUUGACUGCUGCAGCAUGUUCAAAAUCAUGUGCAACUAUAUUAUGUUAUCCUCAUGAAGUUGUUCGAACACGUUUAAGAGAAGAAGGCAGUAAAUAUCGAACAUUUAUGCAAACAUUAAGAACAGUUUAUUAUGAAGAAAGUGUAGCUGGAUUAUAUCGAGGUUUAUUAACACAUCUUAUUCGACAAAUUCCGAAUACUGCUAUUAUGAUGAGUACAUAUGAACUUGUUAUUGCAUUUCUUACAUCAAAUUCUCUUAUGUCAGCAUCACGAGUUGAAGUAACAACGAUACAAACAAAAAAAGUUCUAUUACGUCAAGUCGAUGCAGAAGCAAAUGCCGUAAAUGCAGUUGAAUUAUAA